CGCCUUACACUCUCUCUCUUUCUCUCUCUACUUCUCGGCUGCUUCACACCGGCAUCAUGGCCUCGGCUCUUGCCCUUCUCAACCGCUCGCUCGUGCGUCAGGGCGUGCUCGCUCGCUCCGUGGUGGCCUCGCCUCUCCUGGCGCGCUUCCAGUCCACCAAGACUGUGGACGGUCGUACCCAGUGGGUGGGUCUGACCAAUGACCAAGACUUUUUCAAGAAAAACGACAAGCUGAACCGCCCCAUGUCCCCUCACCUCACCAUUUACCGCUUUCCCCUUCCGGCCAUUCUCUCCAUCUCGCACCGCGUCAGUGGCGCGGCUCUGACCAUGGCCAUCUCUGCCGCUGCCAUUGGCUUGAUGGUUCACCCCCUCAGCUUUUACAUUGACGCUGUUCAGGCCAUGCAACUACCUGCCGCUUGCUUCUUCACCACCAAGACCCUGCUGGCGUUCCCCUUCACCUACCACACCGUCAAUGGUCUGCGCCACUUGUUCUGGGAUACAGCCAAGGGCCUUGAGCUUGGCCCCGUUUACUCAAGCGGCUACAUGAUGGUUGGUCUCGGCCUUGUUUCGGCCGUCGGCCUGGCCAUGCUUUAAAAUUGGUGAUGAACCGCCUUGAGAAGCAUGACGUUGUGCUUCUCCUCAUUCCGUGAGCGGGUUUCCUGGUCCUCUCGUGGCCUUGGUUGUCUCACAACCCCCCUUCCACCGCCUAUACAACUGCCCCCGAGGCCACUGACCUUCACCGUGGCCAAGCACUUGUUUGCUUGUCUUUGGUUUGGUUUGCUCGCGUGACCUCGACUACGAACCGCCCCCCUGGUUUUAUCGUUUGUUUUGUAUGUUUGUUUUUUUCGGCCAGUUAACCAUGCCUUGCAUAUCCCUCUUGUCGGCCGUUGCCGGUUCGAUCAACCCCUUCUGCCCCACCGACCUCCACAAGCAGCGUCAACGACGCACAAUCGCUUUUCAACUCACCCACCAAAUUGAACGGAAAGCCUU